AUCCAGAUCCAGAUCCAGAAUACUCGAGCCUGGACGCAAGGCGAUGCUCUGCUGUCUGCUCGCCUCGGAGGUAAACAAUAACAAACGGCCGGCGGCGGCGAGACACGUGUUGCCAGAAUCUUUCAGCAAGUUAAAAGGAGCCAACGUUGCAAGGAUUGGAGAUGUGCAAAAUGAGCGAAGCCGAGCAAUAGCCAUCCACACAUGCUGCCCAGGCUGUGUAGGGGUGGGCUGAGGUGAGCACAGACAUACUUAUGCACACACAUCCCUUUAUGGCCGCUUGAGGACUACUGCGGGAGUGUAAACAACUGAAGAAAGGAAGCGUAAGAUUAACACUAAGAGCAAUGGCUACAGGUGGUGGUGAAGGUGGUGAUGUAAGGAAGAUGAAGGGUGAUGAUAGUGAAGGAGGUGGUGAUGGUGGUGAUGCCGUGAAGGUGAAGGGUAUUGGCGGUGAUGGCGAUGGUGGUGAGACGUGCUUUGUGGUUGAUACCCGGCCCUUUACCAGCGUGACGGAGGGCCAGGCGGAGGUGCUGUUCCCGGCCACUCAUGACGUCUUCUACAACCCUGUGCAGGAGUUCAACAGGGAUCUCAGCGUUGCAGUGCUGAGGGUCUUCGCCGCUGAGUACAAGAGAGGUCAGAAGGAGAGCAAGAGGAAGGCAGAGGAGAAGCGGAAACAAAAGGAAAAGGAGAUCAAGGAGGAAGGUGCAGAGAAGAAGGACCUUGUUCAGAAUGGUCAUCUUGCCACUGAACAGGCCGCCAGUGAGGGUCAGAGUGAGUGCAAGAAGAAUGGUGACCUGAGCGCUAGUGGUGACAUUAUGACCCAAAAGGAGGUCAGUGAAGGAAGGACGGAUGGAGUUGAAGGAAGUAGACGGGUGAGCAAGAGUGAGAAAAAUGAGGAGGAGGAGGAAGACGGCAUAAACAUCACCAUAGGAGUCAAAGGAGAAGGAGGAGGAAUCACAAACAAGGAACGGACAAACAAAAAGAUGAAACUGGAAGAGGAAAAGGAACAAGGACAAAAAGAUCACAAGGAAAGUAGGACGGAAGCGACACUGAACGCCCCCACUAGCGAAGCAUGGAGGAUAGACAGAGACGUACAGGCAAGCAUUCCGCCACCAGGUACGAAGGACGAGGAGGGGAUACGCAUACUGGAAGGGCUGGCGGCGUCGGGGCUGCGGUCAAUACGGUACGCGAGGGAGGUGGGAGGCGUGAAGGAGGUGGUCGCCAAUGACAUCUCCUAUCAAGCCCUGGAGUGUAUGAGGAGAAACAUCGAACAUAACAAAGUGGAGCACCUCGUGACGCCGAGUUUAAGCGACGCAAGCAUGGUGAUGUACAAAAAUCGCGCACCGGAGAACAGGUUCCACGCCAUCGACCUCGACCCCUAUGGCUCCCCGCACGCCUUCCUUGACGGGGCGGUGCAGAGCGUGUCCGAGGGCGGCGUGUUGCUGGUGACUUGCACGGACAUGGCGGUGCUCUGUGGCAACUCCCCCGAGACCUGCUAUGCCAAGUAUGGGGCGCUGUCACUGAAGAGCAAGGCGUGUCAUGAGAUGGCCCUAAGGAUCGUGCUGCAGUGCCUGGAGUCGCACGCCAACCGCUACGGCCGCUACAUAGUGCCGCUGCUGUCCCUGAGUGCCGAUUUCUACGUGCGCGUGGUGGUGCGGGUGUUCACUAGCAAGGCCAAGGUCAAGGAGACUUUCACCAAGGUGUCGCAUGUGUACCAGUGUGUGGGGUGCGAGACCAUGACCCUGCACCCUCUAGGACGUAUCUUAGUCAGCGGGAAGAGCAUCAAGCACCAGGUGUCGCAGGGGCCGCCCGUCGCUGAGUCCUGCGCCCACUGCGGCCAUCGGCAUGUGGUGGGUGGCCCAGUGUGGUCGGCCCCCAUACAUGACCGGGCGUUCCUGCGUGCACUGAAGGAGUCGCUGGUGGAGGAGGACUUUGCCACGUAUCGUCGUAUGCUGGGCACACUCACCAUGAUGGAGGAGGAGCUUCCCGACGUGCCGCUGUACUACGUCCUGGACCGCCUGGCGCGCGUUGCCAGCAUCAACCUGUGCAAGAUGGUCCAAUUCCGCUCGGCCCUCUUGCAUGCCGGGUACCGGGUCUCUCUCUCCCACGCCGAUCGCGCUUCGCUCAAAACUGACGCUCCGGCCAACGUGGUAUGGGACAUCGUGCGUGCCUGGGAGCGUCAACACCCCGCCAACAAGUCCGCCAUGGCCCCGGACCGCCCAGCCAAGGUCAUACUGGAGAAACGGAUCGGCACAGAGGUCAGUUUCGAGCUGCACGAGGACGCCAAUCCAGAGUCGCGUAAGAAGGACUUGUUGAGGUUCCAGAUGAAGCCCGAGAAGUUCUGGGGUCCAAAGUCACGAGCCAAGACCAGCUUACUGCACGACACACUGCAGGAGAAGAGGAUAAGGAAGCAGGGGAAGAAAAGACGGCAUUCUCCGGCCCAGCAGCAGCAGAACGCCCAGUCUAAGCAUCCAAAAGAAGACUCACAAGCCCCCAUGCACACCCCAGCUCCCAGUGAGGAUGUGAAGCAGGUGUGAUGUGCCAGGUAGAGGAAGAAGCGUCACCACCCAGUGCAGGACCUAAUGAGGAAGAGGAGAUUGAUAGAGUAAGGGAUCAGAAACACAACACCAUAGAGGGAUACCAGACUAGAUGCAGAAAGGGAGUGGAGAGAGAACAUUUCCCAGCCAUCAGGAGGAGGAAGAGGAGAUUCAAUAGAGUAAGAGGAUCAGAAACAACAGCCCAACACACCUCACAUCCUCACCCUCCCAUCAACACCAUAGAGGGAUACCAGACUGGAUGCAGAAAGGGAGAAGAGAGAGAGAGCAUUUACCAGCCAUGAGGAGGAGGAAGAGAUUCAAUAGAGUAAGGGAAGCAGAAACAACAGCCCAACACACCUCACAUCCUCACCCUCACAAUAACACCAUAGAGGGAUACCAGACUGGCUGCAGAAAGGGAGCAGAGAGAGAGCAGUUUCCCGCCAUCAGGAAGAGGAAGAGGAGAUUCAAUAAAGUAAGGGAAGCAGAAACAACAGCCCAACGCACCUCACAUCCUCACACCAACACCAUAGAGGGAUACCAGACUGGCUGCAGAAAGGGAGCAGAGAGAGAGCAUUUCCCAGCCAUGGAGGAGGAAGAGGAGAUUCACUACAGGAAGGGAAGCAGAAACGACAGCCCAACGCACCUCACACCCUCACACCAACACCAUAGAGGGAUACCAGACUGGCUGCAGAAAGGGAGCAGAGAGAGAGCAGUUUCCAGCUAUCAGGAGGAGGAAGAGGAGAUUCACCACAGGAAGGGAAGCAGAAACGACAGCCCAACGCACCUCACAUCAUCCUUACCCCAUGAGGAAGAGUAUGAGGUGUGAUAUGGCAGAGGGAGAUGACACCCCCUUCCCCAGAUGCCCUCCAACACACACACACACAUCCCAGGACCCCCCACCCAAGCCACCCUAGGGAGGAAACGCCUGCUCUGCCCCCAUGGAGACGUAGAAGGUAUGAUUUUUUUUUUUCUACAGCCAAGGCAUCAGCUCAAGGGCAACAAAAAAAGAUGUAAAAAAUAAGCCCGCUAAUUGCCGUUCCCACAAAGACAAAAGUGAAAAGUGCUAAGAGAGAGAUUAAUGUUUCCCCCUCGAUACUGUAUGUUCACAUUUAAACUUUUUUCAUCGCUGCAUGUUAAUGGCCACCACAGUCCAGGCGGGGAGAGAGAGAGAGAGAGAGAGAGGAAAAGAUGGAGACAGGGAGAGAGAGAGAAGAGAUAGAGACAGAGAGACGCACCGAAUUCCAGCUCUUUGUAUCUCUCUCUCACCUUCGCUUAAGUUAGGUCGGAUACAUGAGUGAUUUCUGUAGUUUAUUUUAGGUGCAGAGGGAGAACUUUUAUGGUAACUCACACUCACACCAAAAAAGAAAGGUGUUACAGGGCUUGAUUAUCAUAUAUGUGGAGUCAAAAAGGGAAGGAAGCAAAGGAGAAGGUAAGGGAAGGGAAGGAAACUAUUUGUAAUGUUUAAAGUGCUAUAUACUGUAUAUUAUCACAUGAAAGAAGAGACACUUUAUUUUAGCUUUAUACGUAAAUUCAAGGACUUAAGAAAUAAAAAUAUAACUUAC